AGAAUUAUUAAUUUGUUAUUUAAUCAAUUAAUAAUGAAUGUACAAACGAAGAAAAUAUGUAAUUCAUGAUGUACAAACAAUUUCCUAUCGAAUUGACCAUUUAUUUAACCCAAUUGAGCAAUUUUUCAUUUUAUUCCAGUCAGCAUCAUGGCAAAAAUUGAAUAAUUAUUUAUAAUUAAUGAGUGAAUGUACAAACAAAAAAAAAUCUAGUACAAUCAUGUACUAACGAUGUACAGUCGAAUACAUAAGAUAGUUUUCCUAAUUAUUGCACCCUUUCGGCUAAGUACAUGGGGGUAAAAAAAUCUAGUGUACUUUGUCCCCUGAACAUUGGCUCAAUUCGCGAUGACAAAAGUGACAUCAGCGCUGCAACCAAAAAAACGGGAGAAUUUGGAAGUACUCUAAGUGGAUGGAAAUUUUAAAAAUUGAUAGGCCUCAUGAUCGAGAGAUGAGAGUUUGCAGUCUGCAUUUUUCCACUGAUGAUUACAUCAAACGUGCUGCACCUGAGAGUUCUGAGCCACAUAGGAAAAGAUUGAAAACUGGAGUAUUACCAUCAUUCCAUCAACCCGCAGUGAAAACAAUAACAAAUUUAAACAAAGACAGAGGACAUCUUAACUAUGAAUUACAUACAGAAGAUUAUCCAGAAAGAGGGGAACAAUCGACGUGCGAAGCUAGUGUUGCUAACCAGUGUGUUUCUACUUCAUGCGAUGCAGAUGUUCAGGUUGAUGUCCAAGUCGUCAAGUUCGAUGCAGCAAUCCAAUUGCACAGGAUAACUCGUGAUGUAGCAGUACAAGUGGGAAAUAAUAUGUUGGAUGCAAUAACUCAAACUAGCAUUCCACAAAUGCACGUAGACAAGGGUAUGCAAACAGAUAGUUCAUUGGUGGACGCAAUUAUUCAGAAUGAGACAGAUCUCAGUGCAUUCACUGGUUUGACAUCUUUUGCAUUAUUAACGUCUCUAGUAAUCUGUGUCACAGAAUUGAAAAAGACAAUGGGUCAGAAUCUAAAUGAUCGCCUUGAUGUUAGAAAAAAAAUACUCUUAACAUUUAUAAAAUUGAAAUGGAAUCUAUCAUAUGUUGCAUUAUCUGGAAUUUUUAAAGUUUCACGACAAACCUGUAAAAAUUAUUUUAAUUCCACUUUAAGAAAUUUAUCAGAUGUUUUCUCACCGGUUGUAAGGUGGCCCCAAAAAGAAGAAAUACUAGAGAACAUUCCACGGUGCUUCCAAAAAUACUACAGUACCAGAGUGGUUCUUGAUUGUACAGAAAUCCCCGUCGCAAAGUCAAAAUGUCUAAAAUGUCGUUUUAUGACGUAUUCACAUUAUAAAGGAACUCAUACUGUCAAAUUCAUGAUCGGGGUUACCCCCUCAGGGCUCAUAUCAUUCUUGAGUAAAUCUUUUGGUGGCCGAGCAUCCGAUAAACAAAUUUUUUCAAAAUCAGGAAUCCUAGAAUUAAUGAUCCCAAACGUUGACAGCGUGAUGGUUGAUAAAGGAUUUUUGAUAGACGUGGAAUGUGCUCGGUAUGGAGUUAAAAUGAUACGGCCCCCAUUUUUGAGGAAAAAUAAACAAUUUACUAAGGCAGAAGCGGAAGCAACUGCACGAAUAGCGGCUACACGGGUGCAUGUUGAAAGGACAAUUCAGAGAAUAAAAAUAUUCAAGAUAUUGCAAGGAAUUCUUCCGCAUCAUUUAGUUAAGAUUUCCAGUAAGAUAAUGACCGUCAUCUGCGGAGUAACAAAUCUGGGCAACCCAAUUCUUGCUGAGGAUAAGUUCUAAUUAAUUUUUGAUGACCUCAUCUUAUCAAAUAUAUUUAAUGCCAUAACAAAUAUAUAAUAACUCAUUAAUUCAGAGGAAAAUAUGAAAUUUUCUAUAGCUCAACAUUAAAUGUUUAACUUUUUCAAUUUUUUUUUCUGAAUUUCUCCGUUUCGAAAAUCUUGGUGAGAUAAUCUGUAAACUCAUUUUGGACUUAUAUCCAGUUCAAUUUUAUUCCCUUUAUAAAUGUAUAAAACGGAAAAAAUAAAGAUUUUCAAAAGAU